UUCUGCACCAAAGUCAAUAUGAAAUUCAAGGAGUUUUCCAGGACUUUUCCAGGAGAAAUUUUAAAAUUCCAGGACAUAAAAUUCGCGCAAAAAUAUUACACAACAAUAGUCAAAGUGGAUUAUUAUUAUUGCUCAUUAAUCUUCGGACUCAAAGACAAGCCUUAUUAUAAACAACAAAUAUCAACCAACACGCUGUCAUGAAGUUUGAUGAUGUCCUCAAGCAUGUUGGAGAGUUUGGACUCUACCAAAAGAGAGUCUAUUUCCUUCUCUGUCUGUUUUCUGUAUUUCAUGCCAUGCGUAUGGUUGUGUUGGUGUUUCUACAGAACACUCCAAGUUUUAGAUGUGCUAUUCCUGACUACCCCAAUGACACAUAUGAAGUGACUUCAGUUGAUCAUGAGUUAAAAUUGAACAGAUCAAUACCUCCUGGAGACUUCUGCCACAUUUUGGUCACAAGUAAUUCUACUUUUGAUGAGAACAAUCGCCCUAUGAACGCAAGUCUCGCUAAAUGUAACCGCUGGGUAUUUGAUACAUCAGUAUUUACUAGUACAAUUGCUAGUCAGUUUAGCUUGGUAUGUGAUGAUACUACAAAAAUUUCACACAGUGCCAUGUCUUUCUAUGGAGGAUUACUUAUUGGGACGUUCAUACUUGGUUUCUUAUCAGAUCUCAUCGGGCGUAAACUAUGCUUGUAUAUAUCCUUGACCUUCUUAUUGCUGCUGGGAGUAGGCCAGUCAUUUGCAGACAGUUAUAUAGCUUUUGCCAUUCUGAACUUUUUUGUUGGCGUGGCCCUUACUGGCAUCUUCCCUUCUGCUUAUGUGAUAGGUAUAGAGAUAGUUGGACCAUCCAAGAGAACCAACACAGGCAUGAUUACACAGCUGUUCUUCUCUACUGGGGUUGUUAGUGUUGCUGGCUUGGCCUACUUGAUCCGAAGCUGGCAAUAUUUAUUGCUGGCUAUUACUGCCCCGCUUGUUCUCUUCUUCACUAUGUGGUGCUUUAUCCCAGAAUCACCGAGAUGGCAGAUUCAAAAGGGACAUUACUCAAAAGCCAGAGAAACAGUUUUAACAGCAGCAAAAGUAAACAAAACAAGUGUCCCUCAAUGGAUUCUGGAUGUGGUCAUGCCUCUAGAAAAAAAAGAUGACAAAAGUUUAGACGAGGAAAAUGUCCAAAAGGGCAAAUUUAUCGACCUAUUUAAAAGCAAAACAAUUUGUAAAAGAACGCUUAUAUCAUUUUUCUUGUGGUUUGCUAUUGCCAUUACUUUUUAUGGUCUGAUAUUUAACACCACAAACUUAGGAUCUGGUUCAAUCUUCUUGAAUUUCUUCCUGUCUGGGCUUGUUGAGUUCCCUGCCCAUAUACUGACACUACUUACCAUUGAUAAAUUGGGUAGAAAGAGAGUUUUGUUUGGCAUGAUGAUGACCAGUGGUUUGGCAUGUCUUGGCUGUGUUCUGUCAAUAAUGCUGACCGCUGAAGAACAUCAAUGGCUGACUGUAACUCUAGCAAUGAUUGGCAAGUUUGGAGCAGCUGGAUGCUAUGGCUGCAUGUACAUGUACACAGCUGAACUGUUCCCAACUGUAAUAAGGAACUCAGCACUGGGGGCUGGAACAAGCUGUGCUAGACUGGGUGCCAUGUUUGCUCCUUACGUUGCCUUAGAGGGAGCUAAAAGUGGUGGAACAUUGGGUCAAGGUGUUCCAUUGUUAGUGUUUGGCUGUCUCAUUGUGUUUGGAGGUGCCCUCUUGUGCUUCAUGCCUGAAACAUUGAACAAAAAGUUGCCUGAAACAGUGACUGACAUCAAGAAUUUUAGCAAUUUAUCUAAAACAACAGAAGAAGAAGAAAAGAUUGAGUUGAACAGCUAACUAAAAUAAAAUCUAGGAGCAGUAACAAAGGGAAAAAAAAAAUCAUAUCAGGGAAUCCAACUUUAGUUUACAAUUUAGUUACAAUUGCUCAUUUUUAUAUAUAUAUUUUUUUUAUUAAAACUUAAAUGUUGCUUCCAAGAUUUUUAUAGAAUUUUAUACAUUGUUUUAUAUCUUAAAUGUAUACAGAUAAUUGUAAUUAAGCAAAAAAAUUCAGUACAUUUUUUUAAUUCUUUUAUAAAUGUGAAGAAUGAAACAUAUCAUUUUCAUAAUUUAUUCUCGGAUGGUUUUAUAGUGCAUAUAUUUAUGUGUGUAUGCUGAACAUCCAUUUUGAUGCAUUUUUAGCCAUGCACCAACUUUUUUGUUUCAAUCAGUUUUGUCUAUCAGCUUAUAUAUGUUGAUACACAAGGGGAUUAUAUUAAUCUGAAGGAACCGCUGUCAUUUUAUUAGACAUAUUGAUAUAUUUAACUUUUAUAAAAAAAAAAAAAAAAAACUUUUAAUAGCAGAAAAAAAUAAUUUAGCAAAAGCAAUUUAGCACUAGACAUUAUUUUGAACAAGCUUUUUUAAAAUGAUAUUGUAAAGUGAACAAAAUUUAAGUCAAAAAUUUGUCAUUGUUAAAAAUAAUCAUGUUUUGUAUUGCCUUUCUGAUAAGAAAGUUGCUCAAUAAGAGAUAGAGUUUGUAAUGUUUUUGCGGUACCAAUUACAAUGUGAGAACUAGCAGAUUUCUAAUGGAGACAAUGUGCAUUAUGUCAUGGUUUACUUCUGCUUUUAGAGGAACAACAGAAUGUUUAAUAUAAAAGAGGUAUGUGCAAGUUGUGAUUAAUGUAUUUCUACAGUAUCUUGAUAAAAAUCCUAGAUGCUUGGUUUUACUGUAUGAUGUUGUGAUAAAUGUAUUUCUACAGUAUCUUGAUAAAAAUCCUAGAUGCUUGGGUAUACUGUAUGAUGUUGUGAUAAAUGUAUUUCUACAGUACCUUGAUAAAAUCUUAAAUGCUUGGAUAUACUGUAUGAUGUUGUGAUUAAUGUAUUUCUACAGUACCUUGAUAAAAUCCUAGAUGCUUGGGUAUACUGUAUGAUGUUAUUAAUGUAUUUCUACAGUAUCUUGAUAAUAAUCCUAGAUGCUUGGGUAUACUGUAUGAUGGUGUGAUUAAUGUAUUUCUACAGCACCUUGAUAAAAUCCUAGAUGCUUGGGUAUACUGUAUGAUGUGAUUAAUGUAUUUCUACAGUACCUUGAUAAAAUUCUAGAUGCUUGGGUAUACUGUAUGAUGUGAUUAAUGUAUUUCUACAGUAUCUUGAUAAUAAUCCUAGAUGCUUGGGUAUACUGUAUGAUGGUGUGAUUAAUGUAUUUCUACAGUAUCUUGAUAAUAAUCCUAGAUGCUUGGGUAUACUGUAUGAUGUUGUGAUUAAUGUAUUUCUACAGUACCUUGAUAAUAAUCCUAGAUGCUUGGGUAUACUGUAUGAUGGUGUGAUUAAUGUAUUUCUACAGUAUCUUGAUAAUAAUGCUAGAUGCUUGGGUAUACUGUAUGAUGUUGUGAUUAAUGUAUUUCUACAGUACCUUGAUAAAACCCUAGAUGCUUGGGUGUACUGUAUGGUGUAAUACAUAUGCGCAUAGGAACGAGAAACAUACACUGUCACAUAAGGAUCAAUGCACAGUAGCAAAGUCAUCUAAGGAUGAAAUAGAAUAACGAACUUUAAUACAGAAUGGGCCACCUUCAAGUCAGUAACUAUACAUGAUGUUAUCCCUUUGAGAGACUAGUGGUAACUGUCAUAAAAGUCUACAUCAAUAAUCUCUAACCCAAUACCUAUGUUGUCACUAAAAUAUUGCGUUCAAAAUCUGUCUACUACAGUGCAUCUCUAAACUAAACUAAGUGUCUAACAUUAAAUAGCUGGUUUAGAUUUCUUUCUAAAUAGAUUUUGCUAUGUAAUGUAAUGUUCCCUGCCUGGUCGUGCGGUUUGAGCGCUAGACUAUCGUUCGGACUUAUUGAUGAUCCAGGGUUUAAACCCUGCCCGCUCCCAUCCCCCGUCGUCCUGCGGGAGGUUUGGACUAGGAAGUAAUUAUCUUCAACUCUGAAGGAACAUCCGAAUUAAGUAAACAUUUUACAUUUUAACAUUUUAGACCUUGUAAUCUAUAGGUCAGAUGAUGUAAAGAUCAUCUGUUUCUGUGGCCCACUGUUAACGAGGGUGUCAUGUGGCCAACCGCCUUUACUUUUCCCCAACAAUGUCAGGUACCCAUUAGAGCUGGGUGGACUCAGAGGCACCCUCAAGAUCUCGAAAUUAAAAAUUUUGUUUUGUAUAUAAAACACGUUUAUAAGAAAUUGUUCUAGCAAUUAACUUCUAAAUAUUAAUCUAAUGUAUACCUAGAUACAUAAUUUUAAAUGUAUUUGUUGCAGAAGUUUAAUGAUCUCAUGUUUAUUGGGGAACAUUUGCUUACUAAUCCUAGCUUUGUUUAUAAAUCAAACAUUUUUGUUGAAUCUCUAGAAUAGUUUUUUGUUGUUGUUUUUUUUUUUCUAGUUUAAAAAUAUUGUAUGCCAAUAUUUGUAAAGCAAUUUUCAAAUGCUUAUAGCAAUUAUUUUUUUUUUUACUAUAGGCUGUAAUGUACUGUUAGUUUUAAAGAAUUUUUUUUAAAACCUUUUUUUUAUUUUUAAUGCAUUGUAAGAAUUUGUCCCCCUAUUUCUUUUACAUACUACUGUGAAGAUACUGUCAAUGAGGGCCAGCCUUAAGUAAUUGUAGCCCCUAGGUUCUUCUUCUUUUCUUCUUCUUCUAGCCAGCUUUUUGAUGCUGAGCUGUCAGCUCUUUUGCAAACUGUGCCAAGGAAAAAUAGUGUGCAGCUUUCUUCAGUUGUUCAGCACUGCCGUACAGGGUGUUGGCUAUGUUGGGCUGGAGUGGAAGAAGGGUCUGCCUAAGGUGGAUUAGGGAGGGGCAUUCAAAGAGGAUAUGGUUUACGGUUUCAUAAAGGCGGGCGCAGUGUCUAUAAAAGGGGGUUAAAAAACAAAAAGAUAAAAAUUAUGAAAUUUAUUUAAAUCAUUCAUGUAUCCCUUUUGUCUUUACAUACUUACUUAAAGCCUUUCACCCCUUUUGGAGUAUGGGCCUGCCAACACUAGAUCUCCAUAGUCCUCUGUCCUGGACCAACCUUUCCAUCUUGAUUCAGGUGUAACCCAACUUUAAAAUGUUUGCCUCUAGUUCCUGUCACUAGAUGCUUCUAGGACGCCCUCUCUUUCUGUUGACUGAUGAGUUCUGAAAUUUCAUAAAGCACCUCUUUGUGUUGAAAGAAAUGCCUCCUCCCCCAAUUUUAUUUGCGUUUCGAUGCACCAGACGAAAAUUAACGUUUUCGACAUUUUACCUAAAGGAAACAACUAGGAUCUUCUAAUACAGGUAGUCAAACAAGUAGAUCCUAAACUAUCAUGAUUAAACCUCGAGUCAGUGUAGAAAUUUAGAGCUAGGCUAGAAGACAUAGAGCCAUAGAGUUCUGCUAUGUUUGAGAUUUGAUCCAAGUCUCAUUUUUUUUUCUCUUAAAAUGUUUUCUUUGUAUUGGAGGCCCUCGACCUAUGCUUAAGGCUGGUCCUGUGUCAGUGCACAAUGUAUCUUAGGUUUACAAAAUAAUAUAGUGAAGAAGACUUUUUUUGGUCCUUCUUGAAACUAGAAAUAGAUCUAAGCAACUGAUAGCAGCCAUGAGAUCUGGCAGCAAUAAACUGACCUUUGUGUCAUGUUUAACUUAGUUGUCUGCACCAGUGAUGGAAAAAUAUGCAGGUCGCAACUGGGUUUGCGUGGCCAUGUGAAACACUGCACUCAACCUUAAUCUUCAGAAUUGAAGACAUAGUCAUCAAUAAAUUUAGUUGUAUACCUUACUGCUUCCUGCAUUUACCUGUCCAAAUUAUUUGUGUGCACAAUUUAUUGAAUUUAUGUAAAAA